AUGGGUAAUAAAAGCACCACAUCAGACAGUUACAAAUUAUCAAAUAAGAAUAGACCAGAUGGAGAGCUCUCAGUACACAGUAAAGUGCAAGAAGACAGCUAUUCAGAUAAUUCUACUAUAGUAAACGAUCCAAAUAGCUCGAGAACUACUCAGCCGUCAAAUACAAAAAGUAUACUUAAGAGACCGGCUGAAGUAGAGAAAACCGUUACAAACAAACUAUCUGCCACUUUCUCCACAUCCUCUCAAAUGGAGCCAGGGGUUGAUGCACCAACUAAUAAUAUAAUUGGUCCGCAUCAUUACGACUUCAUCACUCCUAAUAAAGAGAAAAUAGGAGAUGAAAAAAUGAACAAUAACGAAGAACAGAAUAGCACAGCAGAAAAUAAUGGACAGCUUUCUAUAAUACCAGGAAAUAAUGAAACGAGUGUUUCAGACGAAGAAGACGAUGACAGUAGGCCCAAAAAAGAAUCGGAGCCCUACAGAAUUGUAAAAUUUUUAAGAAGCAUGAUUCGAAAAUACUGGGGACCCAUUGACACACUUGUCACCAUUGUGUGCAUUGUUCUGUAUAUAGUUGCUAUGUAUCUGCCAUUUUACGGAAAGGCUUUGAUCUAUCUUUUUGAAUUGGUAUCGAUCGGAAUAUGGCACAUGCUGGGAGAAGAUUCCAACAUGGUUAAAACUCUAGGCCUGUCUCUGUUGGUGCUACUUCCUUUCCUCUCGCUGGUCUUUUGGUCAUAUACCAUUUUAUUUAGUUUAUAUAUAUAUGCAGCAUUGUUUGCGAUCUGGGCAAAAAAUUUAUGGAGUUCUGGGCACUAUAAAAGUCUUUUCUUAUGUAUCCUUGGCUUUUUCUCUACUAUUUUAUUGUGCGUAAACCAAGAAUAUUGGUUUAAUGCAGAGGGACUUAGCACGCUAUGGAUAUGCAUAUCGCCCUUUAUGGUGUUUAUGGCUGUGCUUUACAGCAUAGGAUUUAUCUUUAAAGUGCUGACAGAGUUUAAGGUUAUUCGGUAUAAACUAGCUGAUAUGGCUAAUGAGGUCUCCAAAAACCGGCUAGAUAUCAGUAAGAUAAACAAAAAAAUAGAUAAGGUGAAUAAAAAGAUCAAAAAAGAAGAAGACAAGCUGCCAAAAGACCAAGCAAAAACAUAUGAGCAUAUAAGAGAAAGGAAUAUACUAGAAUUCAGUCUUAAUUCUAUAAAAAAAAAGAACAGCCUACUAAUAAGUAACGCAGUUUUUGAAAGCGGGCUUUCUGUAGUUAAGGUGUUCAGCGUAUCGCCGCUCGAUAUGAGCUAUGAGGUCCUCAAUCAUUUUAGUAAGUAUUGGCCAUAUAUUCUAGCGGUUUUAUCAGUUAUCGUUGUACUGAGCUUGAUGGCUGUGAAUUCGUAUAUUAGAUCAAAUUUGCCUCUGGUUGACUAUAUCCUUUUCUUGAUUCAGAACAUAAAGAACGGUAGUCUGUUGGCAGAAAGCGAGAUCAUCAUGGGCCCCUCCAUACUGCCAUAG